AUGCACACACACACCCUUCAUAUGUGACUUUCCUCUGGGGGGCCCCCAGGCAGCCGCCUCCCCUUGCCUAAUAGUAGUUAUGCCCCUGGGUUGGGGAUGUAGACGCUCCUCAAUGGGCCAGGGGAGUGGGUUUGUCUCCCGCCCCACUCUGCCGCUUGGGAAUUCUGUGCGCAAAGCUAUGCCUCGGGUGGAGAAAGUGCCAUUGCUGCAAGCAGAGGAGGAGGAGAUGAUUCCGUGUGGAGAGAAGUAGGUUCCAUCCCCCACCCUUUGUGUUUUGAAAAAUGGAAGUGCAGAAGGAGAAGCGGCAGCAGAAGCAGCUACGAGGGAAGAUGGCCUGUGGAGCUCAGAUGCUGUUGUGCCUUAUCACGCUCGCUGUCCUGCCACCCGAUUGGCUUUUGCCUGUUGCCAUUGCUCAGCAAGUUCCUCAAGGCCCAGGGGAGCUAGAUACAGAACUGACCACUGAUCCAACAGGCAGCUUAGAUGACAGUGGUCCAACAACAACAUCUGAAUGCCGUGAAGAGCAAUUUCCUUGCACACGACUGUACUCUGUUCACAAGCCUGUGAAGCAAUGCAUCAGUUACCUGUGUAUUACCAGUGUUCGUCGAACAUACAUGAUAAACAAGGAGAUCUGCUCUCGUGUUGUCUGCAAAGAGGAUGAAGCUAUGCAGGAGAAAAUCUGCCGCCAGAUGGCUGGCCUGCCACCACGCCGCCUACGCCGCACUGGUCAUCCCCCAAGACCACUCUGCCGACGGGCUCAAAACCAACCGCUGAAUACUGUUGAUGCUCAAUGAGCAGCAAACUGUAGUGAUGAUAAAGAGGAAGAGGAGGCAUUGAAAUCAUGCUGAACCCAAGCAGUCCACUGUUGAUAACACAACAUAAGUUUGUCCCCUUUCUGCAAUUUCUCCUCUUGAGAGGUGCUCCAGUGCAGGAAGCUUCCUUGCCUGCAUGCCACAAAUGUCACCUUUGAGAUGUGAUACCAAGACCCUCAUUUGCUCUCACUUAUCUCUUGUCUAACUCAAAUACAGCUGCUUAUCUUGCACAAUUAACAUACCUGUAUACUCAACGUGUGGGGCAGUGAGAUUGUGUCUGCCCUGCUCCCCUCCCUGACUUGCCUCCUCCUAGUUCAGGACCAGCUUGCCUGUACAUAUUAAUUAUAAUGUGGUAUGUAUGCAGGCAUAGAUCUCUAUUGGCCCUGUGCAUGCACUGUGCAUAGGGCCAAUAGUGCACAGUAGUUGCUCUGCAAAACCAAGGGGUAAGAAGUACAUAUCUGAGUAUAAGCUUAAAUGCAUGUGCUUGUCUUGUGAACAAGCUUGGGGGCAGGGUGGUUGCAAUCCCACUUUUCCACCGCAUGUUGAAUAAAUGUGCCUUAAGGCAGGGGUUCCCAACCUUGGGUCCCCAGAUGUUGUCAGACUAAGACUCCCAUCAUCCUCAGCCAAAAAGAUCUUUUUUGGAGGACCCAAGGUUGAGAAUUCCUAUCUUAAGGUAUGUGUGAAUUUUUCUCUCCUUGUUUCAGGAAUGAAAUGAGGGUUGGAGUGCAAAAUGCCAACAUCUAGGAACUACCCAACUUAAUUUCUAUUUUGCUCUUGCAGUGGGAAGGAAGCCUAGUCUGCAUGCAUCACUUACAUCUCUGGGAGGCAAGCCAAGUCAUUAGGGCACUGGGCCAGUGAUAGAAACACAUUGUGGCUGGACACUAGUUUGCAAGAGAAUUGAAAGUGGUAUUGUAGAGCCCUCAUUGCACAUGCCAUGCCUUCUCUUUUCUUGUGCUCUAUUAUUGCCUUUGAUCAAGUUACAAGACCACCUGAAAAAUCAGUUUGAUGACAGAUAACAGAGGAACAGAAACAAUGGGGGUGUUCACACAACUAAAAACUCUAUAGGACAGGUGUCCUACCCAGGUUUGGGAGCUGUGCAUGUUCCCAAUUUUCAGUUGUGUGGGAGCAAACAACUAGAUAGAAGGAGGGAGAAAUGAUUGUGUGGGAGAGAGGAGCUGGGUAGGACAGCUUUUCCUCCUACCUUGGUCAAAUGCUGGGUAUGAAAACUGGGUGGGACAGCACUGUCCUCUCCAGCUCUUGUCUCCCACAUAAUCAUUUCUCCCUCCUCCCAGCUAGUUGUUUGCUCCCAUACAACCAAAAAUUCCUCACUGAGUCUAUACACUCUGAGCAAUGAUGGCUUUCUCAUCAGAGCAUAGAAGCCAUGUGAUGUUGCAUCAGACCAUUGAUCCAUCUAGUACUGAGUUGUCUGUUCUGACUAGCAGGAGCUCUCCAAGGUGUUGGGCAGAGAUCUUUCCCAGCCAUGCUGUCCUUUUAAGAUGCUGGAAGUGGAACCUGGGACCUUCUGCACGCAAAGCGUGUGCUCUGCCACUGAGCUGUGGUUCCGCUCUCCAUUUUCAGAUCUCCAAAAAAGCAAUUGUUUCUUCCUAACCAUAGUGUGUCAUUUCAUUUUCUUCUGUGGAAGUACAGAAUUCCCUUGCAAACAUCCUUCACCUUCCUCCUAGAUUAAGCAUGUCCAAUGGUGAUGGUUCCAUAUAUCUUUAAAUAGAAGACUAAUUUAUUCCUGUUUUCUUGGUAAACCAGCAAUGUGCCACUUCUCUUAUAGUUUCUAAUGGCUUGCAGUUUGCAAGCAUGCCUCCUGAACCACAAAGUCUAAGUUAGACUUUCUGUGUCUAAAAUUAUCGAAGAAAACUGCCAAAGUUUGUUUGAACUGUAACCCUAACUCUAACCCAUGCUUUUCCAAUGGGAGAGUUUUUCCACAUUUUCCAGGACAUUAAUGAAUUUGUUCAGAAUUUUCUUUUCUUUUUUGGUAGUCUGGACAACUGAACUUACUGGUGAAAAAAGCAUGUUUAUAUCUUUCAUGGUUUGGUCUGGGAGUUCCAUGUCAGUGAAGGAGGCCCAAGCAGCUUUAUAGAGAGAGAUUCUGCAUUGAAUUAGUGUAUCAACACUGCACUGAUGACAACAAUAGUGUGUUAAAAAUUGCUAUAUGCUUUUAUAAGUUUAUUUUAUUUUAUUGUGUAGCACAAUAGCUUUUAUUGUGUAGCACAUUCCUGUUCCAGUUGUGUCCAUUGAACUGAAUGCAAUAGAUAAGGCACUUGGCUGAGUCAUAUAGAAGCCCCUUAUUUUCUUAUGGAGUGUAAACGCCUGUUUAGAUUAACUUCCCAAUAAUAGGUAAUGUGCCUGAUGCAAAACUGAUGUCCACGUGAUAUAAAGUGCAAUCCACCAAGAAAUUCUCUUGCUCAGGCCCCACUGAUAUGAACAAGAGAUGUUCCACCAUCAUUCACGUCAGUGGGACUUGCACCAGUGAAUUCCAGUACCAGUGAAUUCCCCUGGGCCACAUCUGCACUAGCUAUUUGGAGAAGGGUGAUGCUGAUGCCAGCAUCAGACCUGCAGGUUCCACAUCCAUCCUCCUGCAUCUGAACCCAAGAACUUCUGCUCCACAUGAUGUUGUGCAAACUACACCUGACCUGCAGUGAGGCAGAUGCUGCUCUUACUACUCAUAGGGGCCCAAACUGUCCUCAGUUGUGCUGUGAAGUAAGCAGAUCCAGCAUCAGUUAGGUGUGCAUUGUUUUAAUAUGGACAGUUCAUAAAUGCAGAAAACAUACGAUCAGAUUUAAAGAAAACUGGGCAGGGGAGAGGGAGGACAGUGGCAAAUAGCAGUGCCAUUCUCCAGGGAAUGUGGGCACAGACAAAAUCAUAAAAGGGAGAGGAGUGUUUCAAAGGUAACACAGAACCAGGAUAUUCAACUUAUAACCUGGGAUAUGACCUGGUCUUGUGAAUUCUCUGAUAUGUGUCAGGGUUGUGCCUCACUCACCACUUCCUUGUUGAGCCCAUGUUUUCAAGAGCUCCCAUAAGGAAGUCAGCUGCAGAUCUGACAUAUACCAGGUUGUCAAUAGCUUUCAUGCCGAAAGUUAGCAAUGCAUAUCCCACAUCACAAUGCUUGUGUGAACUAGUCCUUUGUUCCCAUAUGUGUACAGGGGAUGACUGUCAAAGAGGGUGCAGUUAAGGCGUAUAGCAAGUUCACAUAAAUGCAUCACUUGAUCUCUCCCAACACUUCAUGAAUUUCAAGUGAAUGUGUGAGCAGUUUCUGUUGAAAAAUAUUGUUGAAAGAAGUGAUGAGAAAGCCCUGUGAUAAGUAAUCUGUGGGCACUCAUUAACACAUGCAAGCUACUACGUUGAUGCCUACAGACAGUGAAUGGUGAAUUUGUGUGCGCGCAUGUGUGAAUCAGCCCAUAUACUGUAUGGUAGAGGAGUUUAUUAGUAGAGUUGUUGACUUUUUUUUUUAAAUCAGCCUUCUGCUGACUCUUUAGCUGCAGUCUAAUGGGCAGAACUUAAGUAGAUGAGGAUUUUUCAUCACUUUAUCUCUGUGAAAGGAAAACCUUCACCACCUACAUGUUUUCAUUAGGCUGCUUUUUAAAGCACAGGAGUUAAAAACAACAACAAGGGAACCCUCCUGCCAGUAUAGAGAAUAUCUAUGUGAUUUUUUUUUCCAUACUGGGAUGUUGGUACAGAUCAGUUUUACACAUCAGUUUUUAGAAGGCACCUAUAUAAUAGAUUUAAUUCUGUUCUGUUCAAAUAUAGAAUCAAAUGUAAACAUAUAUGAAUGUAUUGCAUAAUUAUUGUACAAUUUAUAGAUAUAUAAAACUCACAUUCAUAUGGUUGAGAGAAUGUAAGAUAUUUUUUAUGCUGCUUCACUGUCGUACCAUAUGCAGGGUCAGAGAAUGAGAUUUCUACAAAAGAUCACUAUAUAACCUCAUAUUUUAUGAAAUAGGCACACAAACAUUAAAAGACAAAUUGAUUUCCUA